CUUGAACACGGGUCAGGAGUGCGAGCUGCUGAUGCUGGAGGGAACGUUCCCUAUCGUCUACCGUGCGGUGACUUACUAUACUCCCGUGGAGUGGUGGCAUUUGGAGGGGUGCAAGCGUCCUGUAGGGCUGGGGGCGUUGGGGGUCGGCCAACACAUCCAUCGAACCCUCGUGUUUUCUGCUGUUGGAGGUGUUGAAAGCGUUUCAUGCUUGCUAUGGAAAGGCGUUGCUUGCUACCUGUGAGGUUGGCACGGAGGCGCAGUUUUUUUUUUGUAUGUCUGGGUACAGUAAUCCAGCACUAAUUUAGCGUGUGACCACGGAAAGCGACCGUCCGCAUUUUAGCGUGCCGUUCGUGAUAUUCGAUGGUUGGAAUGGUAUGGAAUGGUAUUAUUCGAUUUCCCAUGUCAUGUGUUGUAUUUGUGGUAU